CGAAAACGGAAAAAAACCCGCCAGCCAUGAGACCCCGACUGCGCACCGGCCUCCUGGGCCUGCUGGCCGUCCUCGCCCUGGCCAGCGCCGCGCCCGCGGACGACUACGAGCCCGGCCCGGAGCCCCUGACGGACAAGCGGCGGACGCUGGUCAUUCUCCUCGACGGGUUUCGAUGGGACUACAUCAAGCACCUCGGCGCGGACACGCACGGCUUUAAAGAGUUCCUCAAGAACGGCGUGUCGACGGAGUACGUCAACACCAUCUUCCCGUCGCUGUCGUUCCCGGCCUGGACGACCAUCAGCACGGGCGUGUACCCGGAGACGCACGGCAUCCUCGCCAACUUCUUCUACAACCGGCAGCGGCAGCAGGCCUUCAUGCUCAACGACACGGCCACCACGAGGAAGGCCUUCUGGUGGCAGAGCCCCGAGCCCGUGUGGACCACGGCCGCGCACCAGGGCCUGCGCGUCGCCACCAUCCUCUGGUCCCGCAGCGACGUCCCCGUGCAUGGACUGCGCCCGGAGCAGGCCGAGGGCUAUUCGUACAACAAGGAUGCGCUGGGCGUGUUCCGGGACUCCAUCGAGCGCAGCCUGGAGUACCUGCAGCGCGGCUUCGACCUGGUCAUGACGUACUCCGAGCUGGUGGACGACGUGGGCCACAGCUACGGCCCGGACUCGCUCGAGAUGAAGUACACCAUCGGCGACGUGAGCAAGCUGCUGACGGGCCUGUUCCGGUCGCUGGAGUCGCGACAACUCAAGGACAAGACCAACGUGAUCCUGAUCGGGGACCACGGCAUGGUCACGGUGGACCCCGGGGAGCCCAUCAAGCUGCGCGAGCUCCUGGACGCGGACACCGACGUGGAGCAGGCCCUCGGGCAGGGCGCCUUCGUCUCGAUCUACGCCAAGCCGGGCCGCGUGGAGUAUAUCCACCACAAGCUGGCGACCGUCCCCGGCCUGACCAUCUGGCGGCGGGGGGAAGUCCCGAUGGAGCUGCACUACAACCGGAACCCCGCGCUGCCCGACCUCAUCGUCUCGGCCAGCAAGGGAUUCUACUUCGAUGCCGACGAUAGCAAAGGGUACCUCAUCCACGGCUUGCAUGUCAAGGAGGAGACGGCCCCCAGACCGCACGGCAUCCACGGGUACCAGCCGGACGUCGAACAGAUGAGAACCGUUUUCUACGCCGUCGGGCCAGACUUCAAGCGCGGCGUGACGACGGGCCCCAUCGACCUGGUGGACGAGUACCAGGUGCUCUGCCACCUGCUGCGCAUCCCCGCGCACCCUCACAACGGCACCUGGGCGCGCGUCCGCGGCCUGCUCGCCGGCGACCCUGUCCGGCCGUACGGCGAGGACGGCGACGACGACGACAUGCCGAACCUGGAGCCGACGCCCAUCCGGAGCACGGCGGGCACUGUGGAGGCCGUACCGCCCCCGCCCGCCCCCCAGGGCCCAGCGGCCGCCCCGCCCCCGGAGCAGCCGCCCCCGACGACAGGGCUCGCCUCGGGCCCCGUCCGGAUAGCACUGUCUGUGAUUGUGGGGCUCCUGGGCUGGUACGUGUUCCUGUGCGUCAUCACCAACAGCCACUGACCUGCAGGGGUCACAUGCGUCGACACACUUUGCCGUAGUCAACUCGUUGGUACCGUAGCUAGAUGAACACUGGGGACACCGCAUGGCGUUGUGGUCGGCAGCGGUGCCAUCAAAGUAUUUGACGACGGCGUUCAAAAGGACCUCAUGCUCAUUGUUGUUCCCGUCAUGGGAAUGGGGGAUGAGUGCUGUUAUUUUCUGGUGGAGUUGAUUGUGAGUUUGUUUGAAUGAAUGAAUGUAUGUCAGAGUGUGCUAAGCAUGUGUGUUUGCCAGAAAAAGUACGCAAAAAUGCCCACGAAUACAACUGUGUAGUGGGUUGCACUUACGCGCCUGCCCACUAGGCCACAUUUGUACACCUGUGCCGAGGCGGCCGAGAGCUGGCAUUGUAGGCAGUCGUUAGAGGCAACCAAGUAAACAGCUGCGUAUGUGUGGGCGAUUUGCAUACCAUAUCUCGCAACACCGCACAAAGUGAAACUGCUAUGCUAGUCUUUAUUUGGGAUUUCGGCAAAUGGAUCCCAAAACAACAGUCAGUAAAUUAGGAAUCUUGUUAUACAGUUAUAUAGGAAAACACGUCAUCCCAAGCACUAAA